CGUAUCACAAAACAAAUUAAUCAACUUUAUAGCUGUCUUCUAUAAGGAGCGCACACUUGUUCGAUGUUCAUUAAGUACAGGUAAAAAGCCAUGGCGUACUCUCAGCGUUUUCCCAAGAUCUUGCUACUCUUAACGUUAGGUAAGGUGACUUAAACUUAGCCAUUGAAGUUUUAGAGUUGUAAAAGUUAUUUAACUAAAUCAAAUAUGUUGGAGCUGACUAAGCUAGUAAAUUUUAUUACGUACAAUCAAGACUUAUUAAAACGGACACCAAAAAUUAAGGCACAAGUUCAAUUGCCGUAUUUUAUGUAGAGCUGUCUCCAUUAUGGAAAUACGGACGGAUAAAUUAUGGUAAUAUUUAUAAGAUUAAGAGAAUUCUCCUACAGCUCAAUAAUUGCGAGUAAUCUCUUUACAGACGUCUUGGAAAGAUGAGUUUGAAACUUACUAUAAAAGUAUUUAUGCCUUAUUACAAUCUUUCAAACUUUCUUUAUUUCACACUAUAUGCAUGUAAGGAAUUUACACAAGUGUACGUACCUUAAGUCUAUUACUGUUAAGAAUUAACUGUAUUUAAGCAGUGUUACUGUCUCCGUGUAAGUGUUAUGCAGAGGUGUCUCAAUUAUGGAGACAGGGACGAAUCAGAAAUUCUGGUAUUUUUACGGACUAAGAGAAUUGUACUCGAAAUGAUUGUGAGGUGUCGAUAAUCAGUGUCAGAGAGGUCUUGGAAAGAUGAGUUUCCUACUGUACUAACAGUAUUAAUUUAUACAGCAAACUGUUGAAGUUCCCGUCACCUUAAGAGCAGUUAAGAGCACCUGACGCGUUGGCUGCUACCCCGUAAGGAAACAGCCUAACCGCACUUUAAGCCUUUUCGCCUCUAAUUAAAUAGAAAAAUAACUCCGUUCUAGCUAUUCCUCUGAACAAUGGAUAAAAAUCUCAAGUCUACAACAUAUCUGUUGGUCAAUAAUUUGGGGAAUUUGGUUAUUCGUGUUGGAGUUGUGGACACCCUGAAAAGACGUAGUUUCACAAAACGACUAGACAGUUAUAGAGAGACAGAACUACAAAAAUGCGCGUAAAUAAGAUCGGAAAAGUUUUCAACUUACAUUUGUAAUGCUAUUACCCAAUUUACCAAAGAAGCUUUUUAUUCAAAUUUCAUCAUGAAUUCUUAAUGGUUUUCUAAACCUUAAGACAGUAAUUGUUAAUGGACGCUCUUAAUUCAUUAAAAUGAUAUCCGUGCGUUCUAGAGAGUAGGUACCCUGAAAGUACGGGUUCUAGUUAACGAAUUUUUCCUCUGGCCUAAGAACAUUUACUGCUUGCGGAAAAGAACUGAGUAACAAAAUUAACUCCAGGACCUUUAAUUCAUUUCAUCAUCAAAUGUUCAUGAAAUUUUCUUCAUUACUUUUAUUUGAGUUUACAAGUGUUUUCCAGACCGAUUCAGGUUGAUUACGUUAUCAAUGACAAUUGAAGUAUAACCAAGGGAACUCUAUCUUCAUCUUGGCCCAAGAUGUCAUUGAGUAGUAUUGUCAGAGGCAAAGUUAACUCCAGGACCUUAAAUUUCAUCAUCAAAUGUUCAUGAAAUUAAAGCUUCUUUACUACUAUUAUUUGAGUUUACAAGUGUUUUCCAGACGGAUUCAGGUUGAUUACGUUAUCUAUGACAAUUUAAGUUACAACCAAGCGCACUCUAUCUUCAUCUUUGCCCAAGCUAUCACUGAGUAGUAUUGCCACCCAAGUCUUGAAAGCCGAUAUUCACAAUAAACUUUCUUUUUGAGGGCUUAGACAUUCCUUUACUUUUUUUAAAGAUAGUGUAUUGUAUUGACAAAAAAUCUGAACAGUGGAUAGACUUUUUUCCUUGUUUCUUUACUAGGGUGAUAAAACAAGUUGUUGAAAUUGCCCUUCUGAGCUCACUCCCAAGAAUUUUAUGAGCAAGUUACCUAUAUAUCUUUACUAGUCUAUUUCCUGUUGGUAUUGGCAAAUACUCCUGCUAUACAUUCCCAAGUGAUCGAAUGAAAAGAUAGACACAACAGUCAAUAACGGCCGAGCAAAUCACCCACAAUCCAUUCGUCUCCUAAAUUUUUUACUUUAACGAAGUGUCUUCUGAAAUGAUUUAUUUCAGGCCUCAUGAAAAGUUGAAUACUUUUGUAAUAAGUUGCUUUUGAAUAUCAGAGACCCGUCAAGGAGCUGAUGAGGUCGAGCUCCUUCUACAUUUGUACUUUUAACAAUUGAGCACAUUUAUUACAUUUCUAUGCAUGGCGGCCGUUUUCUCUGCGUACUUUAGCUCUUAAAAGAGCUGAAUCAUUCCCUCAAGGAGCAACGAUAAAAGCUGAGGCGAAAUUUAGAUCCUGGAUGAGUGAUCCAGCACUUUUGGGCUUCAGAUUAUACAUUAUAAAGUGUGUUCAAAAGAACAGUUCAGUCAGAGUUAAGCCUUUGAUUGCAAACCAAUUUUUGUUCUAUUUAUUACACAGCUUUGCUUGUGGUAGUAUGUAUUGCCGAUGAAAUAAACAGAAAGCCGGACGAUGAUGAAACAAUCCGUUCAGACGAUGUUUCCGCCAGAGUGGAACGUCGUUCAGGUAAAAUCAAAGUUGUUCGUCUGAGCGACGACGACAGCGAUGAUGAUGACGAUGACGAUGAUGAUGACGAUGAUGACGACGACGAUGAUGACGACGACGAUGACGACGAUGAUGACGAUGAUGAUUUUAGUGACGACAACGAGGACUUGUUAUCGUUUGAACUGGAUGGAAUCGAAGAAAAAGAUGCAGACGGGAACGACGUGGGCAGACUGGAGAGACAUUCCGUGGACUCGUUCGACGACACUUUCUUUCAAUUGUCUCAAGUAAAAAGCGACUCCUCCUUUCAAGGCCUCUCGGCAGUUAAUGUCAACAUAUCUGCUUAUCUUGACGAUCCUAAGGCUAAUCUUGACGUCAUGGUUUAUCUGUUUCGUGAGGCUGGUAAGGUCAAGUUUGGCACUGAGGCAUUUAAUGUUCAAGCUGGAACAGUGAAGUUUAAUAUCCAGGUUUGUUAUUUUCAGAUGUUUUAGGUUUAACGUAAUAGAACCCAAGACAUUGUUCGCUUUAUGUAAUGUGACCCGGAUUUCGGAAUCGGGGAAAUUUUCCCGAACCAGUUACUGGAAUCCCGAAUCCACACCGUGGAUUCCAUAAUGACAUAGUCAAUAUAAAUUGUUCUUAAUUGGUAGUUCUAGCAUCAUGCAUAAAAAAAGUCCUUUGAAUCACGGUCUCAUAAACUCCUUUUCCCACAGAUUAAACUAGGAACGUCAAAAUAAAUAAUUUCUUUUCGCACAGAUUAGCAACUGGAAUUUCUGCAAAGAAACUGACUGCAGUGAGGGAAAAGCAGGGGAAUACCUGGAUCUCAAAUUAAAAAUCAAGAGCAAGGGAAUACCCGAAGAGGUGGAUGACGAAGACCGCAAGAAAGCCAAUAAAGACGCUAUUUGUCAGAGCAACGACAAGUCCGAUAACGAUGUAAAUGACGCAAACGACGACAGUGAUGAUUGUCCCACCAUAUAUGACAUGGGAGGGGACUCUGAGAUGCUGCUCAACAAAGGGGUAAGUUAACGAAUCGGUGUCGCCCAAUGUAAGGUAACCCGGAUUCCGGAUUACAAAGAAGGGUGAGAUUCGGCGAGCGUUUGGAAGGCGGAAUUCGAGUUCCAUUGACAAGGUAUUCGAAAUCUAAUACAUGGAACCUGGAGUCUACAGCUUGGAAUCAAGAAUCCAUACAAGACUGUCUUGGAUUCCCGUACCUAAGGCGUAAUGGUAAAAAAGAGCGGAAGAAAGCAGUACGAGUUGGUUUGUGCUUAAAACGGAGAAUGAGUUUAAGUUGUGUUAGUACCGAAAGAGACCUGUUUUUUCCUUUUUAAUACAAUCCUUUUCCUUCUUAGAUCAUGAAUGACGACGAGUACACUGCCAUGCCAACAGGAUUCCCUAAAAUGGAGAUUGAAGAUGGAGAAAUGAAGUUCAAGUUCCGCAUUCCUAAGUUCAACCAAAAUUCUUUGAUAGACCCGAUUGUAACACCUGGUAAAAGCUCAAGUUCUUCAGCAGUAAACGCAUUGUGGAUGCAAAUCAGUAUUAUUCUGUUGCUUCAGGUCGCCACUCUAUAUUUAGCUUAUGAGAACUAUUAG